CAUCAAGAAUAGGUUGAUACACUUUGAGCACUUGGACUGCGAAAGGCAUUGAUUACUUUGAGGACUAUGGCUUCACUUGUUCGUGAAUCACGAUCAUGGAUGAAUCUAAUUCUUCUUAUCCACGUCGCGUACUCUAAGUAUGUACAGUAUGACAGAGCUCCUGCCAUCCAAAGAUCCAUGGACAACUAUUGGAGAUUUGAUUUUUCUACUGGGUUCAUUGACGUCAUAACCAAGAAACCAGCACAUCUCCAUGGUAACCAUAGCAACAUAUCCAUUCAUGGGUCACGUGAUCACAAUGGUUAUUUAUUCAUUCAGGAUCAGUCAUCAAUACAAUUGAUUGGGUUAAAGUAUUCAUGCUUCUCGAGCCCGUUCACAUGUGCCAGCGGUGUUUCCAUGGCGAUGUGGUUGCGAGACCUAACCAAGAACCAAGCAACAUACGUGAAGUCUAAAUCUGGCGCGUUCUCACUAGUGAGGUCUUCAAACAACUCUCUCGUCGUUCGGAUAGUCAAUACAACAGUGAUCUACGAAAGUACCUUUGUUAUAAACACGUCUAUUUGGAAUCACAUCGCCUUUACAUGGGACAAAGACACUGGUCUCGUGAUAUACAGAAACAGUAGAAAACUCAAAACGAAACCUUACGUGUUUCAUCCUCGUUCACCUCUUACCCAUAAUACACUGCACGACUCAAGGACUGAUUCGUUAUUCCUCAGUGGAAGAGGUUCCUUCGAUGACGUCAUGGUAUGGCACAAACCACUCUCUCCUCUUGAUGUUAAAAAGAUAUUUCAAGCACAGAUAAAUUCUAUCUUCAAUGCUUCCUGUGCGGCAGGAAUCACAUCCCUCAACUUCUCCUGGCAACACUCACGUGACGUUUACAACACAAUAGCGAGUUACUACGUCAAGCUGAGGAAAGGAAAGAAAAGUCGCAAAAUCGAUGCCUAUAAACUGUCCAAGACCGCUACUAAUGUCGUAUUUGAAAACUUAUUACCAAUGACAAACUACAGAAUCAAAAUAUGGGCUGAGACAGAAAACGAUGACAUCAUCAAGACAGAAGUUGUGAGAUGCCAAACGAAGGAAGGAGAACCAGAGCGAGUGAUAAACUUCAAAGCCAGACCAAAAUCUUCGUCUUCCGUGUUCAUUCAAUGGAUUCCACCAGUCAGAAUAAAUGGUUUCCUAAAAGGUUAUCAGGCAAACCCCAAGGACUCCAAGCAAUUGCAAAAGACUGGAAAACCAUUCACGUCCAGUGGCUACCCAUAGAUCCAGGAAUGGAAGUCAAGGCGUAUGAGAUUCGCGCCUGUAGAAACACAGACUGCAAAACAAGACAUGUACGAUCAAAUACGACAUCGGUACUCAUUGUAGGACUAGAGCAAUACACGGGGUAUAGGAUGCAAGUAAGAGGAAGAAACAGACGAAGCAGAGGACCAUGGAUGGUGCUACCUCAGCUAAUCUACACACUGGAUUUAGAUGAGUGUAAGACCAAGCUGCACAAUUGCAGUGGAUACGCAUCAUGUUUAAACACACGUGGUAGUUAUGUCUGUAGUUGCUUACCUGGAUACGCUGGCAACGGGACCACGUGUGUGACAGUGGACUCUAAUAAAAUGAACGCGUGUGAUUUCCAAAUCACUGAGGAUCUUUCGUGGCGAUGGACGACUGUUGGGCAACAAGCACGAGUGCUCUGCCCACGGGGAACGGAAGGAGUCGCUGAACGAUUUUGUGGUUUGAAGGAAGGAAAGGCCACUUGGACCCCACCAAACCUCGAGGGUUGUGUCUCUGAGCGCAUAUUGAAUAUACAGAACAGACUGAAUACAGAGCACAUGAAUGAAGAGGCAAUCACUGAUAUAUCAUACGAUCUCGUUCAAGCAACCAACCUAACUAACGGUCUGGCUAUAUAUGGUGGGGAUGUCAAGACUAUCGUGAAUAUAAUCAAGACGCUGGAUGAACUUACGGCAAGGAACACCUCAGUGAUGGAAUUAGCUUCACAAAGACAACUUUUAGCGAAUAUCGUGAAGGUGUCCAGCAAUGUCUUGGAUGCCGGCAGCAUGAAAUCAUGGAAACAAAUACCUGUGGAUUCCAGGAUAUCAGAUGCCUCUCAGUUAAUGGAUUCUCUUGAUUCCAUCACCAUGGCAACUACAUCAAUGUUAACCAGCAAAGAUCCAGUCAUACAGAGUGCUCCAAACGUUGUGGUCAACAUGCAGUUGUUCUCGUUCAAUCAGCUUUCUGGUUACGUCAUGUAUCCAUUAGAUUCCUUGGACAGUACCAGUAUCGCUCUGUCACUUGAUGACGUCAGGGCAGUCAAGAUGAAAAAAGGCAACAGGACAAAAGUUUCUUUCAUUUACUUCAAGAAUAUUGGACUUUUGCUGACAGGAAACAACCGUUACAACACAGAAAACAAGACAGAAGAUAAAGAAACAGUCAGCCCUGAAGUGCUUUCACUUUCUACAAGCCCAAGACCAUCCACAGUAUUCAGCAAACCAGUGAUUAUCACUCUCAAGAAUCCUUCAUACGAAGAAGGAAUGAAGCCCUCGUGUGUUUACUGGAAUAAAUCAAAUGAGCAUACCGGAUCCUGGUCAACUUACGGCUGUCUGGUCAACUCCACGAACUUGACUCACACUAUUUGUCAUUGUAACCACUUGACAAGCUUCUCUGUUCUCAUGCAGUAUUCGCCUGUCACGGGCCUCAUUUCGAAUAAGCAUCAUUUUGCCCUCAGUAUCAUUACCUACGUUGGUGUUGGUAUCUCGGCUGUCGCGCUGUUCUUAGCUCUCAUCACCUUCAUCGGGUGCACCUUCCUCAAGUCAACUCGUAACUUCGCUCACAUUAACUUGACCCUGUCCCUGUUGCUGGCUGAAGUUCUUUUUCUUGCUGGGAUCGACAAAACACAGUACAUUCUACCUUGUAGUAUCAUCGCCAUUUUCCUACACUAUCUAUUCUUGGUCGUGUUUUGCUGGAUGGCUUCUGAAGGAAUCAUCCUUUACUUCAUGCUCGUACGAGUUUUCCCUUCGGAAACUAGCGGACCUCGAAAAAAGAUGUUUUUCAUCUUCUCGUGGGGAUUACCAUGUGUAUUCGUUGGCUUUACUUCGUCUCUUUACUUUAAAGGAUAUGGAAACAACAAAUAUUGUUGGCUUUCGAUUGAUGAUGGCUUUAUUUGGAGUUUUCUCGCUCCAGUACUCCUCAUCAGCUUGGUUAAUCUCGUGUUUUUGGCGAUGACAUUCAAAGCCAUGGCUAACAGGUCCACUCCACAGUCAGUGAAUAAAAAAAAGACAUUCAAGCAUUGGGUCAAGGCAUGCGCAGUACUUACCUGUCUGUUAGGUACCACGUGGUUACUUGGUCUAUUCUACGUCAAUAAACACUCUCUCGUCAUGGCGUACCUCUUCAACAUAUUUAACAGUUUGCAGGGAUUAUUGAUUUUCAUAUUUCACUGUGUCUUUGACGAACGAGUACGCGCUGAGUACUACAGGAUAUUGUGCUGCCGUGGAUCGAGAAGAGAUAGUCUACGACAAAAAUCAACUGGUACUUUGACAUUCCGCAAGUUGACAUCAGCAUCAAGCGCACAGAUGAGAAAAUGUAAUCAAAGCUCGACAGAUGUUGGUAAAGGAACCAACUCAGGGUCAACAGGAUACGCAAAACAUGACUCGGAUUCCUCGCAGAAUGGUAUAGCGGACAUAUUCGACUCAGACAGCCUCCUCACCAUAAAUAAAACAUCAGCAGAGGAGCAUGGGAUGACAGAUGAUCAGGAUAUGGCACCUAUCCUCAAGACACCAGCAGAAGACGUCUGCUCGGACACAGAUUACGACGGCUUGGAUUACAAUCAACAGAAAGAAAAAAGCUGGGGAGAGCAUUUAACGGAGAGUCUUUUUAAUGUGUCUUCUAUAGAGGAAUGGGAGAGCCGUUCUUCGAAGAGAAUGUCCCGACCGCUCUCUGAGGAUACCUCAGGUUUCAGCGUUCCACGAUCAAAGGAUUACUAUUCCGAUGGCGAUUAUAAUCGUUAUACAACUGAUCUAAGUGAUAUAUACCACAGUGAGAAUGAAAUAGGAUCUCAUCCGGUUAUUGAGACAGAUGAGGGUAAAGUAGUCAAACUGGGGCGUUGCAAGAUAUGUUCAAAUGAUUCCUAUCAUAUGGUCUGCGUCCACGAUGAAGACAAUCUGACACAGACAUCAUUUGAUUGCGCCGAAGAAUCGCCAUUUCAACUUCACUUAAACACGGACGCGUCGUUUUCCUCGGGUGUUACUGUCCCAAGCGCGCAUGUAUCAUUUGAUGACUCGAUCCUUACGGGAUUCCUGCGGGAUGAGCACCCGAACCCGAAGAUAAUAAACCAUAGGUGGACGCAUAUGCCUUAUAUAAAAAAAUCGGAUCAAAUACCAACAAAGAACUUUAUGACAGAAAGUGCGUCCUGUGAUGACAGAUUUUUACGGUCUCCAGAAGGAACUCCAAGUAGAACGACAAAUUCUAGUAAAACUUCUGUUGAUAAAUCACCAAAUAGCACAAAAAGUGUAUGUUCGAGGACUUCUUUACACGAAGAAAGUAUGAAAAAGGAAAACAGUCACACGGACGUGGACUUAAGUAAGUUUGAGAAUCCAACGAAUGCAGCUAAACCGAUCGGUUUGGUUGCUCCAAUAAUGGCGCCCCUCUCAGUAGAACAACAAGAUGAAACCUUCAGUCCGCCAGUGGCACUGGCUGAAUCAAUUGACGGGUUGCACGACUUUGACUCUGAACAGGACAAUGAAAUUCACACGCUUAAAACCACUCCGAAAAAAAAUGAGAUUAGAACAAGUAAAACUCCUGAUGGGAAAUACAAGACAUCGAUACAAGUGAGCGUCUCGCCACAACCGAUGAAAACUAGACAGGAAAAUGACGAGCUUCUAACAGCAACCAAUAAUGAUAGGAAGGAUUCUCCUUCGGUAUCUAGGCUACCGAUAUAUCCUCAUUCUACUACAGUUACGAGGAAAGAAAUGACUUCCAUCAAAAAAGGAAUCGUACAGAGACUUGGUCAGGUAUUUGAGUCAGGGUGGCAGAGGUUAUAUCAUCAAAAUGGUGAAAACGAAGCACAGAAGAAAAGCGACAAUGAAAGGAGAAAAACAAAAAAUGCCAAAAAGAAGGCCCAGCCAGUUCCUGGGCAUGUUAAAAAUCUGCGAGAAAUGUUUGAGACUCGACCUGUACUGGAAAACACGGAUUGUUAAGCAAGAUGUAUUCCAUACUUUGAUUUAGUUAAUUGGAUACCUAUAUUAAGCAGGCACCGUUGGACCUUAUCUGGUAUAUAUCUUGAUAGAGGGUUUCCAUACAUUGUUUAUGAUAACGCUUUUAUAAUCAUGAUAAUUAGCCAUUAGAUUAAGAUAAAAAGCCUGGGCCGACUUCUCAUCGCAGUGCGUAGUGGGACAGUCGUCAUAAUGCAGUUUUCGUAUGACUGUGAAAAGUUCACGACACGAACACGAUCGCGACACAGCAAGGGAUACGCCAGACAAAUCACAUUGCACGAGAAUUUACUCUCCAUCCAAUCAAAUACCCGGAACACGGC